UUUUUAGAGAAAAACAACUAGAACUCUAUCCAAAACAACCAAUAAGAUCUGUGAAACGUGUAAACACUACUCGUUGGAUGUCACAUGCAUAUGCCUUAAAUACCGUACUUGAUGUUUACGAUGCAGUUUAUCAAACGAUAGAAGAAGUAAGAAAUAGAGAUGGAGGAUCGGAUUUCAAACUUGGUGCUGAUUGUUAUGGACUGCUUAGCUACUUGACUUCUUAUAAGUUUUUAAUGACAGCUCUUAGUUUUAAAAAAAUUUUUGAAAUACUUGAACCAUUAAUCCGUACAUUACAAGCUCGUGACAUAGAUAUUUUAGCAGCGAAGUAUUUAGUUAAUAGUGCUAAAGAUUCCAUAGUGGCACUGAGAACUGAAGAAACAUUUGAAAAUAUUUUGAUAUUAGCUAAAGAAUUUGAUGAUAAAAAUAAGAAUGAAGAAUUUGAGCCAUUGCAGACAACAAGAAAACGUAGAGUUAGAAAAAUGGCUGGUGAAUUAUGUAGUGAUGAAGUUGAACAAAAUCCUAUUCAAAAGUUUAAGGUAGAUACUUAUUUUGUAGCAUUAGAUAUUAUUAAAACACAAAUUAGUCAAAGAUUUACAGAUAAAACUAUUGAAGUAAUGAAAGAUUUUGCUUUAUUAUCAACCAAAAGUAUAAAAGAAUUAAAAAAAUACCCUAAAAGCAUUCCUAUAGAUGCAUUUAAGGCUGUUUGUUUGGCGUAUAAUACAUUAUUAAAGUUAGAAGAUGUCCGUAGGGAGUAUGAACAGUUUAUAAAUUGUGAUUUAAUUAUUAAUGAAACAUCGCCAUUGUAUCUGCAUCCUAAUUUGAAUUACGACAAUUCAAGUUUGAGUUCUAACGAUUCAAACAGUGACAAUACUACAUCUGAACAAUUAAAAACGUGGCAAAAUUCAUCAAGUUUAAUGUGCAUUUUUCAAGAUUUCUGUAAAGCUGGUCUAAAAUCUAUUUUCCCAAGUUUAUUUAUGCUUAUAAAAAUUGUAGUAACUAUUCCAGUAUCAAGCUGUUCCCCAGAGAGAUCUUUUUCCAAAUUAAAAUUAAUAAAAACUCGUUUAAGAAGCACAAUGGGGGAAGAUAGAUUGGAAGAUCUGAUGCGUAUCACCUGUUAAGCUGAUAUACAGUUAGAUUCAGAAACAAUAAUAGACAACUUUGC